GAGGCAUCGCCGCAGCUCUGCUCUUCUCUCUACCGCAAAUCACGGGGAUUAGCAGCAUCCUGUUUUUACCGGAGCCGUUUCGCCCGCUGGACGGCGGGUCUGAUGCCUGCGCUAGUGAGCCGUUAGAGCCCGCCUGGAAGCUCUGUUCUUUCUCUCUCUCUCCGUUUGUAGUCGGAGUAUCUCUCUCACAUAUGCUCAUGCUGCCCGUUGGUGCUCCGGGGACGAACCGCGUUUGAGACUCGGCGGCUGCUGCUGCUGCUGCGGGGGCAGAAGGCGAGGCUAGUCGAGGCGAAGCUGCAUCUGCGCGGGAAUGGCGGACCGUGACACGUUACCGCUGCCUAUCGAGAUACGCGCGCGGCUCGCCGAACUGGAGUUGGAGCUUUCGGAAGGGGACAUCACACAGAAAGGUUAUGAGAAGAAAAGAGCAAAACUCAUUCAAGCCUACCUGCCCCGUGUACCAGUGGGGGCGGAGUCUAGAAUUCCUGUCACACCUUCUUCGUCAUCGUCUUCCUCAUCUCGUUACCAAAGGCGACGUUCCACUGGCUCACGGGAUGAGCGAUACCGUUCAGAUGUGCACUCUGAAGCAGUGCAGGCAGCGCUGGAGCGUCAGUGUGAGCGGAAGAUGGCCGUCCCCAUGCCCUCAAAACGACGCUCCCUCGUCGUCCAAACAUCUAUGGAGGCAUAUACGCCACCAGACUCCUCAUCAGGCUCAGAGGGUGAGGGAUCUCUGGGGAGGACUGGUGGUGCAGGGGUUGAGGCCUGGAUUAGUCAAGCACUUCGUGGAUCAUCUUCAUCAACCACAUCAUCAUCCUCAUCACACAGCAAUGGAUCUGCCAAUGCUGCGCGUCUAGCAGAGAAUAACGCACACACUUACAACAUCGGGCCAAUUGCUCAUCUAUCCCUGAAGAGGCGGGGUUUAAGGGAGAUGGGUGUGUCAUUAGAGAAUGGUAACCUGGGUCGUCGCUCUUAUGACUACCAGUCUGACCGGCCAUGGUCAUCACUGGACUCAGAAGACAGUCACCCGGCCCCCCCUGACAUCACAAGCUACACGUCAGACCCACCCGCUGUUACUGUGGAGCGACCACAGGUCACCAUGCCAACCAGAGCUCUGCCCAAAUAUGGCAACGCUGAGCUUAUGGAGACUGGAGACGGAGUGCCUGUGAGCAGUCGUGUGUCCGCUAAGAUCCAGCAACUGGUCAACACUUUGAAAAGACCAAAGAGACGUCCACUGAGAGAGUUCUUUGUUGAUGACUUUGAGGAACUGCUGGAAGUGCAGCAGCCUGAUCCUUCAUUACCACGUCCAGAGGGUUCAGAGUCAACAAUAACACAAGGGGAAGAGCUGUGCGGACUCAAAAAUUGCCCUGCCUCCAUGGAGGCGGCUCUGCAACGCUGGGGGGCCAUCGCACCUAAAGCACCUUGUCUGACUGUCACACAUGCCAGCACUAAACAACCCUACACUCUCACCUAUGGUAAGCUUUGGUCCAGGAGUAUGAAGGUUGCGUACUACAUCCUCCACAAACUCGGAACCAAGCAGGAACCCAUAGUUCGACCAGGAGACAGAGUGGCGUUGGUGUACCCCAAUAAUGACCCUGCAGCGUUCAUGGUAGCGUUUUAUGGCUGUCUGUUAGCUGAAGUCGUACCUGUACCCAUUGAGGUUCCACUCACCAAAAAGGACGCAGGGAGUCAGCAGAUUGGAUUUCUGUUGGGCAGCUGUGGGGUUGCUGUGGCGCUGACCAGCGAUGCAUGCCACAGAGGCCUUCCCAAGAGUCUCAGUGGUGACAUCAUGCAGUUCAAAGGCUGGCCAAAGUUGCUGUGGGUGGUGACAGAGUCGAAGCAUUUAUCUAAACCUCCCAGAGAAUGGUAUCCUCUAAUUAAAGACGCCAACAAUGACACAGCAUAUAUUGAGUAUAAGACGUGUAAGGAUGGAAGUGUUCUUGGAGUGACCGUGACGAGAAUGGCCAUGCUGACACACUGCCAAACGCUCACACACACCUGCGGAUACAAGGAGGCGGAGACGCUGGUGAAUGUGUUGGACUUCAAGAAGGAUGUAGGACUGUGGCAUGGCAUUCUGACGAGUGUACUCAAUAUGCUGCAUGUGGUCAGCGUUCCAUAUGCUCUCAUGAAGGUGAAUCCAUUGUCCUGGAUCCAGAAAGUCUGUCAUUACAAAGCUAAAGUGGUCUGUGUAAAGAGUAGGGAUCUACACUGGGCUCUGGUAGCACAUAGAGAUCAGACUGACCUCAACCUGAGCUCUCUACGCAUGCUGCUGGUUGCUGAUGGUGCAAAUCCAUGGUCUAUCUCGUCAUGUGAUGCAUUCCUGAACGUGUUUCAGAGUAUGGGCCUGAGGUCAGAGGUCAUUUGCCCGUGUGCCAGCUCACCAGAGGCUCUAACUGUAGCAUUGAGGAGGCCAAAUGAAAGCAGUUCUAAGCCUAUGGGCAGAGGGGUCCUCAGCAUGACUGGGCUGAGUCACGGUGUUAUCAGAGUGGACACAGGAGAGAAACUCUCUGUCUUGACACUGCAGGACGUUGGCAGUCCUAUGCCUGGAGCGUUGGUAUGUGUAGUGAAACCGGAAACUAUUCCUCAGUUGUGUAAAACGGACGAGAUUGGGGAGAUCUGUGUGUCAUCCAUUGCCACAGGAACAUCCUACUAUGGUCUUACUGGCAUGACCAAGAACACGUUUGAGGUGUGUCCUAUGUCCAGCAACGGUGUGCUGGUGAGUGAGUGUGUUUUUGUACGCUCAGGGCUGCUGGGAUUUGUAGGCCCGGGCGGAGCAAUCUUUGUCACAGGAAAGUUGGAUGGGUUGAUGCUGGUCGGGGGACGGAGACACAGUGCUGACGACAUAGUCGCCACUGCUCUUGCCGUUGAACCCAUGAAGUUUGUAUACAGAGGAAGGAUAGCGGUGUUCUCUAUUACUGUACUUCAUGAUGAGAGGAUAGUAGUGGUGGCAGAGCAGAGACCAGAUUCCACUGAAGAGGAAAGCUUUCAGUGGAUGAGCAGAGUACUACAGGCUAUAGAUGGUAUCCAUCAGGUUGGUGUGUACUGCCUGGCACUGGUCCCCUCCAACACUCUGCCAAAAACCCCUCUCGGGGGCAUCCAUCUGUCUGAGACAAAGCAGCUCUUCCAGGAAGGGGCGCUGCAUCCUUGUAAUGUGCUCAUGUGCCCCCACUCCUGUGUCACCAACCUGCCUAAACCCCGACAGAAACAACCCGAGGUUGGCCCUGCCUCUGUGAUGGUGGGGAACCUAGUGGCAGGAAAGCGGAUGGCACAGGCCUGUGGCCGAGACCUGAGCCAAGGGGAGGACAACGACCAGUUCCUCUUCCUGUCUGAGGUGUUGCAGUGGCGAGCUCAAACUACACCUGACCACAUACUGUACACGCUCAUCAACUCAAGGGGGGCAGUAGGGAGUUCUCUAACAUGUUUUCAGCUCCAUAAAAGAGCAGAGAAGAUCGCGGCCCUGCUGUUUGAGAGAGGGCAGCUGCGAGACGGAGAUCAUGUAGCAUUAGUGUAUCCACCAGGUUUAGAUCUCAUUGCGGCAUUUUAUGGUUGUUUGUAUGCUGGCUGUAUCCCCAUCACAGUUAGGCCACCUCAUCCCCAAAACAUCUCAACCACUUUGCCAACUGUUAAAAUGAUUGUAGAGGUGAGUCGCUCAGCCUGUGUUAUGACCACCCAGGCGAUCUGUAAGCUCCUGAGGUCUAAAGAGGCAUCAGCCGCUGUGGACUUACGGUCAUGGCCACCUGUCCUUGACACAGAUGACCUACCGAAGAGACGGUCUCCGCUACUGUAUAAGCCAUCUGACCCAGAGUCUCUGGCAUACUUGGACUUUAGUGUGUCCACCACGGGCAUGCUUGCUGGGGUGAAGAUGUCUCACAGUGCUACCAGUGCAUUGUGUCGUUCUAUAAAGUUGCAGUGUGAGCUCUAUCCGUCUCGUGAGGUGGCCGUAUGUUUGGACCCGUAUUGUGGACUGGGCUUUGUUGUGUGGUGCCUCUGCAGUGUGUACGCAGGGCACCAGUCCGUACUGAUCCCGCCAGCAGAGCUGGAGGUAAACCCAGCCCUGUGGCUGCUGUCUGUCAGCCAGUUUAAAGUGAGAGACACAUUCUGCUCCUACUCCGUCAUGGAGCUGUGUACCAAAACACUCGGCACUCUCACUGACUCGCUCAAGGCACGGGGACUGGAUUUAUCACGUGUGAGGACAUGUGUGGUUGUGGCAGAGGAGAGGCCGCGGAUCUCUCUCACUCAGUCCUUCUCCAAACUCUUUAAAGAUGUGGGGCUGCACCCCCGCGCUGUCAGUACUGCAUUCGGCUGCAGGAUUAACCUCGCUGUGUGUCUGCAGGGCACCUCUGGACCUGACCCUACUACAGUCUAUGUGGACAUGAGAGCUCUCAGACAUGACAGAGUACGGUUGGUGGAAAGAGGGUCUCCGCAUAGUCUGCCUCUAAUGGAGUCAGGCAAGAUAUUACCGGGUGUCCGCAUCAUCAUUGCCAACCCAGAGACAAAGGGACCAAUUGGAGAUUCUCACCUAGGAGAGAUUUGGGUGCACAGCAGUCAGAAUGCGAGCGGGUAUUUCUCCGUAUUUGGAGAAGAGAAUGUUCGCUCAGAUCAUUUCAGCGCCAGACUGAGUUUUGGUGACACACAAACCAUCUGGGCCAGAACUGGCUACCUCGGGUUUCUUCGCAGGACAGAACUCACAGACGCCAGUGGAGAGAGGCAUGAUGCUCUGUAUGUGGUGGGAGCACUGGAUGAGGCAAUGGAGCUGAGAGGGAUGCGGUAUCAUCCCAUUGACAUUGAAACAUCCAUCAUCAGAACACACAAGAGCAUUACAGAGUGCGCUGUGUUCACCUGGACUAAACUCUUGGUGGUGGUGGUCGAGCUGGACGGUUCAGAGCAGGAGGCCUUGGACCUGGUUCCCAUGGUAACCAACGUGGUUCUGGAGGAGCACUACCUCAUCGUGGGCGUCGUGGUCAUCGUGGAUACGGGCGUGAUCCCCAUCAACUCGCGUGGAGAGAAGCAGCGCAUGCACCUGAGAGAUGGUUUCCUCGCCGACCAGCUUGAUCCCAUCUACGUGGCUUACAAUAUGUAGAAAAGACACUCAAACAGACACACCCUGAUCUGAGUGCAUAUACAUAGCUUACAAAAUAUAGAAACACACACUAAAGCCCAUCUGUAGAGACCCACUCGCACAAACAUGCACUUUCUCAAACACAUUUGCACACACUUCAUGUUGAACUACAUUUAAAUUGUUUUCAAAACGUAGAAACUCAAGCACACACUUUUACAUUUGCAAGCUAAGAGCACUAACCCAUAGAACACAGAACAAGACUAUGAACUGCAGACCUGUAUCCUUACACAUAAACACACACACUGGCAACAAGUGUGUGUUGGCUGAUCAAAGGCUUUUACCUCGCUUGCAGAUGUGUGGCAGAUAUGGCGUUUAUCAUGCCAGAACAAAAUUAAGUUUUAUUUUUAUUAGAGAUGGCACAAGCUAUUUUUAAUUGAAUCACCUAAUGAUGUCUGUCAUGCUUAAACUGCUGACAAAGCCACAAAAGUUUCUUUAAGCAAUUCUGUAGAAGAACCAGUAUUCGUUCCGUGAAGUAACUUGUUUGUAAGAGAUUUUUUUUUAAUUCAAAGAAUGACAUAACGACAUGCUGCAAAGGUUCUUUGCCAAUUUAAAGGUUUUUCAUAGAACCAACAUUAUGUGGGAGGUUCUUUAAACUUUAAAAUGGUCCUUCACACUCACACAUCUCAUUUAUAAAAAUGGUUCUCCAA